AACGCUUUCGUGCAAAAGGCAAAUGACAAUGAUAAAAUAAGUGGUGUGCCUAGCUUCAGUAUAGGCUUGACACAACCGGAUGGUGAUGGUGAGCAUGUCAUUCCAAACAAUACGCAUCACGAGGACAUUAGUAAGGUGAAUAUAGAAGAGGAAGGGGAUAAAAAACAGGCUGAUGUUGCAGAAGAGAUACAUAAGAGAAAGCAAAAGACAACACGGUUCCUAAAGUCACCAUACGUGUCAAGAGUGGUUGAUGCAGCAGAACCUACAAAGAUGUUUGAGCGGGAGAUGGCGAGGUGGCUUUUGCAAGGGGAAGGAGCUGACAUGAAAGAGAAAGUGUUCAAAUAUAAGGACUACAAUGUCACGCGGGAGGAUUUGAUGACAAUAAAGGGAGGGUGUAAGAUCAGUGAGCAGGUUUUGAAUGUUUGGGUAACUGUUCUAAACUACAGAGAGAGAAAUAGGAGCACCUUCUCGCCUUCUCGUUUAUUUGCAAAGACAAUGAAUUGUUUGUACACAAUGGCUGAUGAGGUGGUGAAAACAAAGGAGGAGGUAUAUAACAUACUAACUGAUGCAGUGGAGUUUGGACUUGAUGUGGUGAGGCAGGAUGUUGACCUGGACAAAAUAGAUCUAUUCUUUUUCCCUAUAAUGCAAAUGAGGCAUUGUUAUGUCAUUUGCGUGAAUCUGAAGCGCAAGAGAAUAGACAUAUUAGAUAACUCAUCUGCUAGAGUCU